AUGGAACUCAGCGUGCUCCAAUUCAAUGUCAAUGGGAAGGAUAUUAGUGCUGCGAAUAUCGAUCCGGAGACCACCUUAGCAUCAUAUCUGCGGAAUCAACUUGGUCUGACUGGGACGAAACUCGCUUGUGAAGAAGGAGCAUGUGGAGCGUGUACUGUAGUGAUUGGAAAAUGGGAUUACAACUCAGAAAAGGCGAGGUAA